GGAAACCGAAGAUUACAUCCUGACGGAGUUUGCAGCGGACGCGGGUUUUUGCUCCGUAAAGGGGUAGAUGGCUCGACACACACCACCAGUUAGAUCUAGAAGUUGGUAGCCAAGAAAGGAACAGAAGGGAAAGGAAAAAUGGUGACUGGAGGGAAGAGGUACAGGGAUCUUUUGCUCACCGAUGACAACAACACGGACACAGGCAAAGUGAUGAUGGCGACAAGAAGUGGAAGCCGGAAGACCAUGUUGAAGAUGAUAAGUUCACCAACACUGUUGUGUCACUGUCCAGUGGGAUAGAUGUCAAGGGUGUUGCGACUAAACCCUGCCGUAACAAGGAAGCCAACGGUGAGGUUACAGUCAAGGCAUCUUGCCUGGCAGAACACUUCGCCAUGACUAUGUCAUUCCUAUCAGCAGAAUAGGCAGUUGCGGGAGCUGUAAUUGGCCUCGGUUCACUGAACUCUCUACGUUGUACACAAGUGAAUCUCCAGUUAUGUCGAAUACUGGUUCAAAACUUUGACGUGCCGAACCGUUGCAUCAACAUACAUGGAAGGAACCUGAGAAUCACAGAUGCGGACCUUGGGCACAUUAUACACGUUACCAACGGAGGUCUGGAUGUGGAACUCGAAGGAAACACCGAGGACCCCCAGAUACUAAACUUGAAGAGAAGGAUUUCUAGGAACACGGACAUAACCAUACACGGGCUGAGGAGGGUGCUGAUCGAGUCUGAACACGUCGACGGUACGUUUAGGAGCUGCCUCACUCUGUAUGCCAUGGCAACUGUGCUGUCCCCGGUAACAGGUAUGGACGUGGACCCAAGAUACCUUAUACCAGUUAAGGAUUCAAGGUACCUGUGUACAAAAAACUGGGCCAAAUUUGCAUUCGACAAGCUGGUUGAAGGGGUGCUGUCGUUUCAGCGGACGGAGGUUGAGUUGGAAGUUGUACCACUCCUGUUCCUCCAAUAGUUCUACCUGGACGUUGUCAGAAACGGCAUGAUAUUCGGAAAGAAAAUGCUUAAGCAAGUAAUGACAUGGGAGGUAAGCGAUGUCAAGAGAGUUGUUGAUAUGGUGGAUGGUUUGGGUGGAUGGGAAAGUACAAAGGUUGACGUAUCAAAGAGGCAUAUGUGGGACGAAGAAAGUGAGAACAUCGGAUCAUUUGAUAAGAGCACAGGAAUGAAGACGUGUGGUUGAAGACCUGUCUGACGUGAAGUCCGAGUUCAGUGUUGUUAAGUGGGAGGUCGGUUUAGUUAGGUCCGCCGUAGGGCGAUUGGAACCAGACAUUGGCCAUCUGCGGGGCGUGGUUACGACAUUAGAAACCUCACUUAAUCGACUGCAGGACAUAGGACUAUCUCGGAUUGUAUCCGACGUCGUGAUGAGAGUUAUAGAGGUCAACCAGAACAGUUCAUCAGGCAGGACCAACAAUCACUUUGACUGGGAUUGUAUGGAACAAUGGGCCGAGGAAGUAGAAUAUGGCAACAAACACACUUUUCCAGGAAUGGAGUCAGAUGGCAACGGGUCGCCCGACAACGAACCAGGAGUCGAGGCAUACGGUGAUGGGAUGUCUAACAGCCUUACCGAAAUUUGGACGCCAGUUGAGGUGGUGGCAUCACCAUGUCAUACCAAUGCGGUGGGCAGCACCGAAAGCUCUUGCUUCGGAGCCGUGGCUGACAUUUCGCAGAGGGAGAAUACAUACUAACCUAUCUAUUCAGCAAGAAUGUAUCAGCGGACAAUGCUCUUGGGAGCAACGAAGUGACCAGGUUCGGUGGGUGGGGGGUGUCUCGAUGGGACCUGAGCUGCUUGUCCCCAAGGCAGCAUGUUACCGCUGAGGUAGUGAACAUGUCAGCUGCUUACCUGUCUGAUGGCCAAUGCGAGAACUGGUUCAUGCCAGUCACAGUAUCAAUACGUCAAUUUGAAGAUUAUUGGAACGUGCCAAGGACAUUUCCGCGGGAGUUCAGUUGGAUGUUGUGGUGCCUUCUACCAUCUCAACUUGCAGGCUGCAAAGAUUUGUCGGCUGAUUGUCUGUGUAAUAAGAUUUUUGUCCCCAUAUAUGACGGGAUAUCGAAUCAUUUGGUUUUUGGCCGUUGCGGACAUGUUGAAUGGCGUGUGUGAAAUAUGGGACAGUGCCCCCGAGGAUUCAGCGAAGACACGCAGGCAUGAUUUUGCCUUUGCAGCGUUCCGUAUUAGUUAUCUGGCCGGAAGUCCUCGGCAUUGCAGAAACGAAGACUCUGGAGUUUAUUUAAUGAGAAACAUGAAGUUCUACCGACAAUGUUGGUACGAAGGGUAUAAUUCCGGUGACCAGCGGGUACACCUGGCGCUUGAGAUUGUGAACGACCCCAGGAAUGAAAUAUUUGAACAAAUGUGUAGUGCUGCGGCAGAAGAAACCAGGGACAACAUGCCUGCUACUGAGGUCCCAGUGUUAUGUCGUGGGGAAGAUGGAUCACUCGCAACAACGGGUAUCAAGUUCAACGCACGUCGGUCCAGGCGCUAA